AAAUGGCAGCUGGAGAAUCGAACAUGGGAAGGGAUGGCGCAUCCAUCAUGAGUGCUGCUGUGUGUAUGCCUGCCUGUUUGUCUGUCUAUAGUUAUGCGGGAUGCCUUGAAUGUUCUCGAAUCGAAUGCCGAGUCACAGGUAUGAUGGCGAUAAUAAUAACUACAACAACCAUAUUGUGCAUCCCAAAUGGAAAUGGGUAGUAGAUGCGCGAACACGCCGCAUACAUGGACAUUAAGACAUAUCAGUUAUUGGUUGAGGGAGUGGCAGUGUCUUGGUUAUUCCCACCGGUUCUAUCCGCAUCAUGAUGGAAAAAGCAUGCGAUUGUCAGCGGCUCAUAGAUCAGAAAGGCCCAAAGGGUCAUGUUGUCAGUGUACGGCCCUUCCAGAUGCCCACAAACUGCCACAGACACUCGUCAUAUCCCUGUUCCCUGUUGUGCCCCCCUGCAACUUGCGCCUCCCACAACCUUACGCAUACCACACGGCGCAAACCAUUCUAACAAAGUGCCACACCAGCCAGUAUCCAACGGCCUACGAAGCCCACAGCGCCCGUCAACGCCAUCCCAUAACCCAAAAAGGGUCGAGAUUGGUCUUAGAUCGGCAUUCGGAAACCCUGGAUUGGCACGCAGACCCUUGGCCCCGCGGUCAUGGCUUCGUCCGCGUGCUCUCUAAGAGUCUCUCCAUACAUAGAGUCCAUCCAAGAGUUAAAAAGUCUGCACGCCCCUCCCCUGCAUGGCCUCGAACUCCACAUAAUUCAUUCAAAGCCCAAAAUAUAACACAGCAUUCGUUACAAGUCAUCAAACCAUCACUACAACUAUUUCCGCUCCGUUCAAUAAACUCCGGUCGCACCCAUUCACACACACCUUAUCCUCUCUCCCCUACCUACUAGUGUGUCACCAGGAGAAGUCUAGAACACACAUACCCUCUACCACCACUGUCGCUCCUAAUCUUAAAACACAUCGUUUAUAUACACACCAAGAUCUACCAAUAUUACUACUUAUAUCUUUAUCUCCCCACCUUGAAGAUAUCAAACAUCUACCUCAUUCAUAAGUCAUCAACCUUCUUCGACAAGAUCAACUUGAACACUACAUCACUCCUCGAACUCAAGUUGUGUUGACUAUCAAUAUCAAUAUCAACAUCGACACCAACCAACCACAACCACCACAUAAACUAUCCACUCAAAUCAUCCUCACCAUGACUUCCAAGUUCACCGAAAUCUUGGAGCCUUCCGAGGCCCCAACAUACACCCACCCUCAC